AUGGAGGAAGUGAAGAAGCUGACCAACCUAAUGCUGCCACACCUGCAGACUCUUCUAGCCAGGCAGAGAAGGGACUAUGGGAUUGAUGAGGAGGCCUUUCCAAAUGGACUAGCCAGGCAGAGAAAAGACUAUGGGAUUGAUAAGGAGGCCUUCCCAGUGGACUUACCCAAGCUACGGAAACGGCGUCGGAUAGAAGAGCUGGAAGCCGAGGUGCCAGUGGCCAUCGGAUACUGGGGCAAGCCCACGGCACUAGAGGGUGCCAAAUAUGAUUUCCUCUGCAUCCAAGCAACACUCAAAUCCAACAAGCCUGAUAGUCUUUCGUUCACUGAAGAAUUUAUGGUAGAUUCCGGAAGUGACGUGGUAACGGCCCGGCAAGAGAUCUUGGACCAGCUGGACCUGCAGUUGAUUGGUACAAUUCAGAGCCGGGGCGUCCACACAACGGUGGAGAAACAGCUGUACAAGGCGAUACUGCGCAUCGGCAAACAAGAAGCAGAGAUAGAGGUCAUGCCCGAACCGUACGAGUCCAUAGGCAACCGCGUCAUGAGACAUUUCCGUCACGUGAUCGACAGCACGGUGCACUAUUGGCUGCAGGGCAACCGACUGGAGCCAGGCGAGUCAUCAGGUCAAGGGUCCGGGUCGGCUCUAGGUAGCACGAGCGGGGAGCACACGUCACAUAGCACGCCCGAGCUGACGGGCGAGUCUGCAUCUGGAGCGGAGUCUAAAGAUGGAUCGUCACCGGAGGAGUUGAUGAAACAAGAGAAGACGGAACGAGAGAGGGGAGAAAAGGUGGGGGAGGAGGAAAAAGAAGCCGAGGGAGAAGAUUCCUCAUCGACCUCAUCCUCAGAGAAAUCACCAUGACGUCACAGGUCAGGUUCAAACGUGAAUCUAUGAAGGUUCAACAUGCAUGCCAACAGGAAGACAUCACACUGAUGUGGUAAUGCAUUGGUGGUCACUAGUUUGCAUGGUAGGCUGUUCUUCACAGCCACUUUACAAAUUCUAUCAUCAGUGUAUGACUUUUGCUUUUUGUAUGAGUUUAUUUUCGACUUCUGCCGCUAUAUUGUUCGAUGAAUUUUAUUUUUCUAUGAUUUAAAUUCUCACAAGUAGAUCAAAUGAAGCCAUCUCAAAAAAAUACCUCAGCAUUUUUAAACUCUUUGAAAAUUGAAAGGGGGGCUGAGUAUUCCUUUGUACAUUAAAUGUCCCAUGUAAUAAACAUUGUGAAUCAUUUAUUUCUUUGAUAGUCUGUGUUAGGAAAACACUAGCUCCCAACUUAAAUCCAUAGUUCAAAAUGUCAUCGUACCUGUCAUUGAUAAAUGAUGUUAAUAACCGUCUCACCAACAAAACAUGCCAUUUACAAGUACGGUUUCCAGAAGGAAAUUCUCCCUUAAUGGCUCAAUUUAAUGGAGCCGCUUCGCCCAAAAAAUCCCUAAAAUUACCUUUGCACGUCCACAUGCCGAGCAAAACAAGAAUCAGUUACACAAGAAAUAAACAUGACACAAUGAAGAAAAAAUAUAAAAAAUGAAAUAUUUCGUUGGUAACCCAUUUGACUUUGCGCAAUUGGGUUAGCAGCUUCACGAAAAACACGCACAAUGUUUGCGGAGUGUACGAACCGUGUUUUUUUCCCUACGAAAACGUAUGUUCGAUUUCUUGUAUACUGGUGAUAAAUCUACGUUUGCCUCACAGAUGAAGGGCUAUCCCACCUUAUUUGGUGCCAGACUUUAGCACAUCCCGUGUGUACCUUUCUCUUUGGUAAACGGUGUGCCAGUCGAUUAUACGUCUGUUGCCAAACUUGGUUGCCUCCAAAAAGCUCCGCAGAAAAGAUACCCAUGUGAUGUAACCGACAAUAAGCUCACAGUUUUCCAAAUCAAACCAAACUAUAUAUUUACAGAAGAUCCAGAAAAACUCAGUGAGGAGACUCAAGUGGUAAUAAUAAUGAUGUAGGUCACUGUGUAAUUAGCCAUGCAUACAAAGCGGUUUCCUAGGUGACUGCUAAGCAGUAACCUUCUAAUAAUAUAGUUUCAAUUUAGCAGUGAAAAAAAAACACCUUUCUAGCCCAUUGUGGUUCGCUGACCAUUUCCUCUCAUUGUUUUGUUUUAGAGCAAAAUUGUCAAGCCGCUUUACUUGGUUUGAACACGUCCAUUGCUGAUGGAAACACCAGAGGUCGGCUUUUCACACACAGUGUUUUAUUUUCGUCACUCCGGAAUUUUUUUAAAACACUGUUUGCAAAAUCACCAUUCCCAUCGUAUACGAACUGGCGUCCCAAAAAAAGACUCUGUAUUAGGCUGCAUUAACUGGAUGUUAACGACUGAUCCCUGUUAAUGGUUUAGAAUGUAAUGACAUUUGAAAUGAAUGCCUUAUAUUUGUGUGUCGUGUAAUCUUCGUAUACUUUUUUUUUUAAGGCAGAGAACAAAAGAAACUUUGGUUGGUGACAUGUGUCUUUACAGCCAAUGAAAUAUUGCAGAAAUGUUGUGGAGAUUGUCUUGCCGGAGAUUUGUGUUAAAUUAUUGUCAGGAAAAAAAAAAUGCCUUUUCGAUCGUUUUAGACGAGUGACUUCAAAAGAGCACGUUCGUUGUGGUUGGUUUGAAAAAAGGCAUUAUAAGAGAAAAAGACCAAAGAUUUUAUGAAUACAAUGCAGUGUAUGAUAUUCGUGCGUGGCAAGUUCUGCUUCACGCGUUGUACAUGAUAUUUAUUUCUACUUAUAUUGUGUGUGUAUCUUCCAUUACUUUUUCAUCAUGAUUUUUUGUAACACUUGUAUUUUUUCCCCAUGGGUAGGCUCAGGGGCGUCGCAAGGCAAAUUUGGGGUUGUAAUGUAAAAAUAUGCUGACACUCCGUGCUGGAAGGUAGUCCAGGAUUUGUACGGUCACCGUCAGCCUGCAGUACCAAAAUCCAAAAAAAGUGGCGUGGGGGAGGGGGACGGAGCCAGUGGAGUCGCGGUUAAAAUGCAGACGAUAAUGGACAGUAUCGGUGGCGCUCUUCGUUGUAGCACAUUGCUAACAGAAAUACGAUUUUGCCGACAAGACGACGAUUUUUUUUUUAUUAAUGGAGGGGAGGGUUGCUGGGUGUGACCACCCCCUCCCCCACACCCUCUAGCGACGCCCGUAGUUAGGCCAACGGUUGAUUAUCUGUACUACUCUCAUCACUUAUUUCAGUUCUUUGUCGCACAUUAACUUUAUCCGAAUUAGUCAUAAUUAUUUUCAUGUUUUUCUAUCGUGCGACCUAAAAUAGGGCUGCUGUUCUCCAAACGGGAAAAUGAAGCGGAAAGCGAUUCUAUAUACAAAGGGCAUUUCAAGUAUAAGCGACAGAGAGAGAGAGAGAGAGUCAAAUCCUUCUGGUUAGAACGCCCCCAACGUAUACCGAUCUUAUGGCUUUAGUUGAAAGGUUUACAGAAACGAAAUUGGAAAAGAAAUACACUAAACGGUUCCAACCAAUGAUUACAUAUUAAUAUGUAAAAUAAAAGUGUUAUUUUUGCGAAAGAUAUCAGUCAGGAAGGGGUGCUGUUUUGUGGGCGGGGCAUACGGAAACAAUAUUUAUUUUGUUUCAAGUCUCGAUAAAUUACUGAUUGAAAUCCAAAAGUACUCUAGAGUCUGUAUUUGUGAUGUCUAUUAUCGUUUGAGAACCAUUUGUAGAUUUGUUCCUAUGUAUAUUUCGGUAAACCUUUUAAAGUUCCGGUGAACAGGUUAAAUGCCGCGUUCGUUGCUAGCGUGUUAGGCCUAAUGCUAAAGGCACGACGGAAAUUUAUCCAUAUGAAUUAUUACAGAUUUUUUUUCUGUUUUAUAUCCUCCAAAUAAACAGAGCACAUCGUGAAACUCCGAACCAUAAUCACUAUAAUCAUAAAGCCAAAGGUUAAUAAAAAAAAAUGCAUAAACUUUGACCACAAAUCAGUGUUGGCGCCCUCAAGUGGUGGAUUUUAUCACACUCUAAUGUAGAGGGUCUCAAUCGUUUUGGUCCCUUUGCUACCCUCAUAAAAUUUACAAAAACACGUUUUUGUUGGUCUUGUAUUCUAAUUGUACUUUGUUUCAAUAUCCAAUCAGAUUAUUGAGUAGUCGAGAGUCCGCUGGCAUUUUACCUGGUGCCCUAUCAUUAUUAAUUGCAGUAUCGCUGCUCUUCAGACGUAAGACUAAUUCCCACGCAUAUGACGUCAUUUGUCGGUCAAGCAGCCUGCAGAACACUAUACUAUACUGUUGGCACUGAAUUCAAUUUUGCCAACUUAAAAAAAGUAUUUUACCGUCACGUUGCUGGAAAAUGUGGCUAUUCAAAUUUUUCAAGUUGUCAUGAACUUUGCGGAAGGGAUGAACGCGAUGCUAUUAAUUUUUAUUUUCAUCUGUUCAUUCACGUAGCUACAUUUUUCCCAUUGUUUUUAAAUAAUUAUAUUGCACUGUUAUCUUUUUAUCGAAAGGUAAGAAACAGAUUGAAUUUUUUAAUUUAUAAAGAUAGCCAAAAAGAAUGUUGGCAUUGCUCUACCAAUUUUAAGGAUAGAAUUCCUUGAACAUUUUAUUUUCAGCUUUGUAGUAUAAUAUGGCGUUCAGCAUUAAGUAUUUACACCAUGGACCAAGUAUUUAUAAUAUAGACUGCAAAAAGCUAAACGUUUUUAACAUUAUUUUAGUUGCUUUACGUUUUAUCAGUAAUACAUUAAGUCUCAAGGCACUGGCAAAAUUUGCAAAACAAGUGUAUACGUUUACCCAUUCACUUUUAUUUGCUAGCUUAUUCUUACACAAGACUGUUAUUCGUCUCCUAUUUUGAGGAAAGAAAUUUCUGUGGGGUCUAUGCUUUUUUUAUUCAAACAUUGCAUCAUAGUGGUCGCUUAAGUUUCCGUACUUUUAAGUUGGUACCGGGGCGCCAUGUAAAAGAAUCCGCGACAUCAAAUUCCGUGUCAAUUUUUGGGAUUAGCGUUUCGAAAUUGGCUGUAAAUUUAUGCACCACGAUCUUCGGUCAAUGUCUUGAGGUCGGGCGUUUAAAUUUUUCUGUUCCUUGAUACU